AUGCCUUGGUGGAACCCACGAAGAGCGAGCCUGGUUUUGACGUUCAGCUUGGUGGCGUUGAGGCCCACACUUCACACUUGGGUGCUCAGCUGGCAUCAAGUGAAGCGUGUGGCAACCGCUGCCCGAGCUGCCCCGACCCGUGCGGGUCCGGGUCCCUUGCGGCACCUGGUCGAGGCGCAGCCAGAGCUCCGAGGCACCAAAGUGGGCGGAGAGGAUGCGCCAGUGGUCUUCUUGCUGGCACCACCCUCGGAGACUGGGCCCGAUUGGUGUUUGCCCCCGAUUGAUGGGAUGGGAUCACCUUUUGGUGUAGCAAGAUGGGAACAGGGACCAGGAGAUGGAGACCCAUGA